CCUCCUGAUGCACACAUCAUGAAGGUUGGCAGGUCAGUCUGCAGGUGUGUCCACCUCUGCCCCCAUCCCUCCUCCUCGUCCCGAUAUCCAGACGGUCGGAAAUCGGUCCUAUGCACCAAGUGUCACAACUUUCACCACCACCAACGCUGUCACACGAGAUGAAGACUCGCAGUACACGGGGUACUAUACCCCGAUGGGGUACAUUUACCCCACCCCCCAUCCUCCGCAGCAAUCAACGCCAGCCAACAACACUAACGGCGAUCGCUCUACUAGUGCAGCAGUUCGGC